AUGUCAGCUGCACUUUCAUAUAUAUUUUUUUCUUAUAUCUCUCCCUCCAGAGCCAAGGAGAUCAAGACGAAGUUGGGCACACUGCUCCAGAAGCCUGACUCGGCUAUUGACUUGAUUAUCCCUUACCCAGAGAAGCCGGAAAAGCCAGCAAAGGUCCAGAAACCAUCACCAGAGGAGGCUUGGCUGUGGCGCAACUCUCUGGAGAAACUCCUGCAAAAUCCAUACGGGCUUGCUAGCUUCAGGACCUUCCUCCAAUCCGAGUUCAGUGAGGAGAACAUUGAGUUCUGGAUUGCUUGUGAAGACUAUAAGAAAAUCAAGGUGCCUGCUAAAAUGGCUGAAAAGGCCAAGAAGAUCUAUGAGGAAUUUAUCCAAAGUGAGGCUCCCAAAGAGGUGAACAUUGACCAUUUCACCAAAUCUGUGACCAUGAAGAACCUGGUGGAGCCAUCUGUGAGCACUUUUGACCUGGCCCAGAAGAGAAUCUUCAUGCUGAUGGAGAAGGAUUCUCUGCCCAGAUUUGUGCGUUCCAACAUAUAUCAGGAAUUAGUAAAGUAGCAACGUGGCAGAGCUGUGCGGGGAACUGCUACUCCCACCCCAAGCAGCGCCGUUACUUCCUUACUCCAGUUAUCAGUAGCCAGCGUUUGCUAGUCAUCUGCGUAGUUGUUUUGCUUUAUAUAUACAGUAUAUAUAUAUAUUUCAAGCUUCUAGAGUUCAAAGGCUGUGUUGUUAAAAGUCUUGCCCACACUGUUUUGGUCUCUCUGCUGUUCCAGAUGAUUUCAUAUUACAAUUUCUGAAAUUUCUGUUCUUCUCCAUGAAUAUCACUGUUACACAAAAAAAAAGAAAGUAAAAGUAAUUAGACGGGCACACCUACCUAAAAUACAACAGAUGUCAACUGUUGAAACCUAUGCUACUUGUAUUUAUUAUCCCAUUACCUAUCCAUCACAUGUCUGUGUCUAAUUAAAGAUAAGGAGGUUGUGGGGUCUUGAACUGGUGCAUUGGGACCCACUGGUGACUUGCGGCUGGACCUAUUGGUUGGUAGCAGCAGCAGCAAUACCACCAUUCAAAUAUAUGGUGUGACAAUAAAAAGUGGGUCUCCAGUUGUCUGCUUGGGCUAAGGGUGGGUCCCUGGUCUGAAAAGGUUGAGGACUAUUACUAUAGAAAACAGGUUUUGACCUGCAUAGGUCAUCCUGUCAUUUGUAGUAGCCAUGAGGAUACAGCAUGGCUCAGCUAUAUAAGGAAGAUAAGAAAGGAAAAGGCCCACAAAAAUAACAUUCGCUCUCUUGUGCCUUUUUACUUAAUUCUUUCACUGAGAUCAUAUUCACAUACUCCCACGUCAAAAGUUUGUUAUCCACUAGGUCAUUUUAUUACUGCAAUUUCAUCCAGGGAAUGUUAUUCAGAUAUAUUGUUAUCGGGUGAGAGCAGGCACUUAGCAUGCCUCAGUAAACCAAACAAGGAAUGUGACAGAAAAUUACAGCUCUUUGCCAAUGAAGGUAGCAUUCGAACACACAUUUGCCACAUGAAACUGAUGGUAUAAAAACUCAUGAUUGCAAUAAUGAUCUAUAUGUUGACAUGGGGAUGUGGGAAUUAGGCAGGAAAGCCAAGAGGUUUGUCAAGCUUCUUGUGGGUUACAUGCAGCUUGGUGGAUCAUAAGUUACACCAAAGCCUGCUCUGUUGUGAAGAAGGCUGAAGAGAAAGUGAUAGUUUUUCGGUCAGCAACUGAUGUCGCUCCAGCAUGUUCUGCUGGAGUUGAGGGAAGGGAUGUGCAAUUAUAUCAUUUUCAAAAUACCCACCCCAAGUAGCAGUUACUAAAACACACUAAAACUCUUGGAAAUGGAGGCAAAGAGGUAAAUAAAUCUCACCGUUCCAGCCUAAACAGUGUGGCUUGUUUUUAGCAACCCAGGCCUCUUAUUUACUUCCAUUUCUAAGUUAGCUUUAGUGAGGUUAUAAUAACUGUAAUGGACCUACAUAAUUCCCAGUUCCAGUGCGCAGCCCAUGUGCAGGAGCAAAUGUAAUGUUCCAGAAGUAUUCUUUUCUGAAUUGUGAUGAAAAUACCUGUAGCAAAGUCUUGUCUUUUCAUUCUCUCGGGGGCGGGCUUGCCAAAGCGGUAUUUCAGCCUAAACAUUUAGCCUCAAAAUUAGUGUUACUUGUAUUCUAAUUAUAAGCUAUCUAGAUUUUUGCUUUCUGUGAACUGCAUGGAAAUAGAAAUGCAAAUGAACCCAAAUGAAGAGAAAAGGUAGCAGUGCUAAGCACCAUCUUGCAAUCCCAGCCUGUGGGUGCAUAGCUGGGGAGAUACCCUGAAUGAGUCAGCUGUGCAGCAUGCGAGAACUACCCUACUGUUAAUCCAGAUUCACCUUUUCCCACAGAAAACCCAUUUUUUAAAAAAUAAAAAUAAAACCCCUUCUGCCAUUGACCAGUUCAUGAUAUCUAAAUGACUCAUUUGCCCCUUAUUUUUGAAAACUCUGAGAUCUGGGCAAUUAUCAAGAUGGGGGAAUUAAUCCUAAAUGCUAAAAAGAAAAAGAAAAAAGAAGGCACAAUAAAAAGCAGGCUGCCAAACCCUUUUAAGUUCAAGAUGAAAAGAAAAUAUAAAAUUUAGACAGCUCUAGCAGGAGGAUAGAUUGCUUUUCUGUGUAAAGAUUUGGUUAAUUACAUUAUUGUUGGUCAGACUCCACAGGACAGACCUAAUUGGGUCACUAAUAUUCUAUUUCAAGGUAAGGUUAGAACCAUUUCCCACUGAAAGUACAUGGCCACUCCACUACUUAAACCAGCCUUGGCCAAAGAAAAUAUCUUAUUACAGCUUGCCUGUCAUGAAGAAAGUCUUUGGUCUCACUCCAGUUUCAAGAUGUGCUGACAUCCUGUGAACAGAUGCUCAUUUCUAGCCAGCCCUAACUCCGUCUUUUUCCUGGUAGCAGUAAGUCACUAGUUAUGUCCCUUUACAGACAGGGUAGAACGUCCUGUGGGAUUAGACACCAAUCCAAUCCUAUUAUUUCUAUAUGGAUACAGAAGGGGGAAGCAAAGUAAUGACUGCAAUGUAUGAAGUGUGUAUAAGCAACCUUAAUAAACAGAGUUCUCCUUUCUAAGGGCCUGAAGAGCAGUCAUUUAACUUCAUCUGGCACCACUAGGCUUUGUGGCCACCAUGUUCCUUUCCUCUCACCUGCCAACUACUACUUAUGUCUAGAGUGUAACUGUCUGAGUGUCGGGGCUGCCUGACCAUCAAGCCCAGCAAGGAUGGCUAACGGCCAGAGGUGGUAGAGGUUGUAGUUCAGCAACUUCUGGAGGGCCAAAGGUUUCCACACACCCGCUUCACAAGGUACUUCAUUAUAAUGCACUUAAAUAGCUUUACAUAUACUACAAAUAAGUGCUGGACUAGAACCAUCAUUCUCAGUUUUCUUAAAUUUCUCAAUAAACAAAUUAUUUUCUUCUAAAUUAUAAAGACAUACGAUGCAGUCUUUAAAGAAAAAAAGUCAUCAUGAAAGGAAAUUCCAGGCAAUAACUAAUCUAAGUUGGUUAAAUAAUCUUAUUUUCCUGGGAAAUGAUAUGACAAUGAGUGAUUAAUCAACCUUGGUUUUAGCCCAUGCUUUGAUGCGAUCCAUCAGUGGCGAUCCCUGAUGUUACAUGCACUUGUUUGUGGGGAACUAUGUGGGAAAGGCUGACUAAUCCCCAGGGACCAUUUUUGGGAACACACAUUUCCUUGAGAUGCUGAUAACAGAACAAGCUGUCAAGAUUCCUCUCCCCCUAGAGGCAGAUUUUCCAGCCCAUGAUGUAUGAGGCAGCCUGCAUGGUUACAGCUUAGGCUGAACCUGUUCUGUUUCUCUCCCUCUGAAAUUAUAAAGAGCUUGUCAACAUGUUUAAACUAGCAGCCUGCUCUCUUGGGUCCUGGAAAGAGAGCUUAACAAGACAGCAUGUGACAUACCAUUAAAUAAACAAAGGCUUGACAAACCUGUUUUCAGAAGAGUAAGAAAAAUAACUUCUAAAAAUUGUUUCCAUGCUGAAAAUAUAAAAAUAUAGCUCAUGGCUGAAGGGUCAGGCUUCCCAGGAGAAAGAAAACAAAUCAAUUUGUUUUUAUUGUUUAGCCUCAGGCAAACAUCUAAAGGACCAUUACAGCGUGAGAAUGGGGAUCUUAUGCCCCCUCCCCCGAUUUCUCAGUAUAGACCUGGUUCACACAUCAAUUUAAGCCAUAAUUAAAAACAAAUUAUGGUCUGUGAACAAGCAGCAUGCUUGCACACACUACUGAAAACUUCUUAUUGUACUCCUCUGCUUCUCUCUCCUUGCUGGGAAAGAAGCAAGAGACUAAGUUGUCAUGUUUCUCUUGCAACAAACCAUGUACAUUAGCCAAGGUUUGCUCUUCGCUCAUGGUUUGUUUGGAUGAAACAAACCAUAAGCAUUCUGGUUAGGGAGCAAUUUUAUCAGGAUUGCAGUGCAUUCUGGGUGACUUGGAGAAUACCUGAAUCAAUUGUGGUAUGAGUUUACUGUCACACUGUCCAAAUUCUAAGCAUUUCUUACCAAUAUUUUAAAGCAGGUUUCAACUGGGGCUUUUUUGCUGCCUAUUGUUGAAGAAAGAUGAGUAAGAGAGAAACGGGCUAUGACAACAACAACAACAACAAAACAACAAUACCCACAAGUUCCCACACCCCUGUCACUUUCCCGUCCCAAGCAGAAAACAGUGAUUUCAGAGCUUCAUCAAAGGAAGAAUUUAGUCAGUCUGUGAUAGAGAAGCACUUAGAGCCCAAUGGAUGCUCAAGGCAAGUGCUUCUCAACAUCAUCAAAACGUGUCUUGGAAGAUGCCUCUAAUGAUCCAAUAUUUUAAAAAAUUAUUAUGACAUCUUCAUCCUGUCCCUCUUUGAGUCCAUAUUACCCUCCCAAAUAAGUGUUGUCUCCCAAAUAUUUGUGGGGCAGAUUAGGCUGAAAAAGAGUUUCUGGUCCAAGGCUGCCAGGUGAGUUCACUGGUUGACUGGUUUCCAGAAUCCACAGCCCAAUAAGGAAUGUGACAAGAAAAUGCCUUGGAAAGCAUGAGAGAACAAUUGCUUGACAAAACAUUGUAUAACCUUCGCACGAGCAAAUCAAAAUGAAUGUUCAGAAAACAGAUUGUGUCAUCUAACCUCCCUACAAACUUUAUUCAAACAAAUCAGGUUGAAUGCUCAGGUAGUCUGGAAGGGACCUCAGAUUCAAGGCCUCAGACCUGAACCGAUAAUCCUGUGAAACCAAUGAAGUCCCUCAAGAUCCUUUGUUUGUGAAAUGGUAGGCCAUCUGUUUCUCUAAACAUUUAUAGGUGUUAAAUGUAAAGAAAAACAUUUGCCUUAUGAUCAGUUAUGUAGAAUGUCACCAGGUGGUCCAUUCUCUUUCUAGCACCUGGGCUUCCCAUAUUCAAUACCAACCAUGCUUUAGUUUUAGCUUUUAAAAACAAACCAACAAAAUCACCAACUUUUGGGGAGCCUACUACAGAGAUGUUUGGGUUGUGAUAGCUUUAUUUUCAGUUAAGUUAGAUUUUUAUCCUACUUUUGUCAUUUAAUAAUGCACAUGUUAUUGGUGAUAUCAUUAUAUUUAUCCAUUAUUAUCUACAGGCUUAUACAAUAUAUAAAAAUUAUGGGCAAAUUCCACUUAGAACUUCUCCUCAUUGGAAUGAAUGUGAUUUACAGUCUCCUGAGACUUGUUUUCAUUUCACUGGGAGAUGUUCCCAUUGGAUUUUUCAUAUUCAUAUAUUCACAUAUAUAUUUCUAGAAUGCUGUAAUUUGUGUUUUGGGUUGUGUUUUGGAUUGCACAUAGACUGAACGACUGCAAAUAUAAGGAUGACUAGUUAAAACUAUUUACUCAGCUUUUUAUCCAGUAUGAAAUAAAGUGUCCCUGAGUGUUCUC